UUGUCCUGCUGGACUCAAAGGAAUCGCAAGCGGAGCUGGGCUGGACCUCGCACCCAUUAAACGGGUGGGAAGAAAUCAGUGGCGUGGAUGAGAAUUACAAGCCAAUACGCACGUACCAGGUCUGCAACGUCAUGGAGCCAAACCAGAACAACUGGCUGCAGACGGGCUGGAUUGCCAGGCGCGAUGGCCAGAGGAUCUUCAUCGAGCUGAAGUUCACCCUGCGGGACUGCAACAGCAUCCCUGGCGUGACAGGCACCUGCAAGGAGACUUUCAAUCUGUACUACGUCGAGUCUGACUCUGACAUGGGCCGUAGCGUCCAUGAGAGCAAGCACACCAAGAUCGACACCAUUGCUGCUGAUGAGAGCUUCACGCAGGGGGACCUGGGUGAGCGUAAAAUGAAGCUGAACACCGAGCUGAGGGAGAUUGGGCACCUGAGCAAGAGAGGCUUCCACCUGGGCUUCCAGGACGUGGGCGCCUGCGUGGCGCUGGUCUCUGUGCGGGUCUAUUACAAGAAGUGCCUCACCACCGUGCAGAACCUGGCCGUGUUUCCGGACACGGUGGCGGAGACGGCCUUUGCGACUUUGGUGGAAGUUAAGGGCACUUGUGUCACUCAUGCCGAAGUGGACGUGGAUAAUCCCCCCAGGAUGCACUGCAGCGCAGAGGGCGAGUGGCUGGUCCCCAUAGGGAAGUGCACGUGUGGUCCCGGCUUUGAGGAGAAGGAUGGGGGAUGCAGAGCUUGCCUUCCUGGAUUUUACAAGCUUUCCCUCCGUCUCCCUUUCUGCUCUCCUUGCCCUGAACACAGCUUCACGCAUGAGGAAGCCUCCACAUUCUGUUCUUGCCAGAAGAACUACUCCAGGUCACCGUCAGACCCACCAUCUGCCUCCUGCACACGUCCACCCUCCGCCCCGAGGAACCUGGUCUACAGCCUGCGGCAGUCGUCGCUGAUCCUGGAGUGGAGUGCCCCUUUAGGGUCCAGCAAACGUCUUGAUUUGAUGGAGAAGCUGGACGAGCUAGAAACAGCCGAUUUCCCCGUGCAGCUUUCCCUGUGCCUGCUGCAGGGCUGCUGGAGUGAACGGGUGAAUCGCACCGAGUACGAGGUCAAGUACUACGAGAAGGAUCAGAGAGAUCAAAGUUACUCAACUGUGAAAACCACAUCAACGGCCGUGACGGUCAAUAACCUGAAGCCUGGCACCCUCUAUAUUUUCCAAAUCCGGACAUCUUCCUCACCGGACUAUGGAAACUACAACCCUAGUAUUGAAGUGGAGACGCUGGCAGAGUUGACGGUGGCCUCCAGUGAGCAGAACCCUGUCCUCAUCAUCGCGGUGGUGGCCAUCGCGGGGCUGACGGUGCUGGUGUCCAUGGUGAUCGGCGUGAUGGUCUGGAGGAGACAGUGUGGGUACAGCAAAACCAGCCAGGAUGGGGAUGAGGAGCUGUACUUCCAUUUUAAAAUACCAACCAGGAGGACGUACAUCGACCCUGACACUUGCGAAGAUCCGAUGCAGGCUGUGCACCUCUUUGCCAAAGAGCUGGAUAACGCUAGUGUUAAAAUUGAGAGGAUCAUUGGGACAGGAGAGUUUGGAGAAAUCUGCCGGGGAUGCCUGAAGCUGCCCAGCAAGCGAGAGCUGCCGGUGGCGAUCCAGACCCUGCGGGCAGGGUGCUCGGAGAAGCAGCAGCGCUGCUUCCUGACAGAGGCAUGCACCAUGGGCCAGUUCGAUCACUCCAACGUCAUCCGCCUGGAGGGGGUCAUCACCAGAGGGAGUACCAUGAUGAUAGUGAUGGAGUACAUGGGGAACGGCAUGCUGGACUCUUUUCUCAGGAAACAUGAGGGACAGUUCACCGCCACCCAGCUUGUUUGCAUGUUGCAGGGGAUUGCCUCUGGCAUGAAGUACCUGGCAGAGAUGGGUUACAUACAUAAAAGCCUUGCUGCCCACAAAGUCCUUGUGAACAGCAGUCUGGCUUGCAAAAUAACUGGUUUCAGACGGCCACAAGAAGAUAAGAUGGAGACCAUCUUCUCCACCAUGCAUGGGAAGAGCCUGGUGCUGUGGUCAGCCCCUGAAGCCAUCCAGUAUCACCACUUCAGUCCGGCCAGCGAUGUGUGGAGCUUCGGCAUUGUCAUGUGGGAAGUCAUGUCCUACGGCGAGAGACCCUACUGGGACAUGUCCAACCAGGACGUGAUGAAGGCUGUGGAGGAUGGGUUCCGCCUGCCCGCCCCGGUGAACUGCCAGCCACCCCUCCAUCAGCUCAUGCUCGACUGCUGGCAGAAGGACCGCAGCCAGAGGCCCAAGUUCUCGCACAUCCACAACAUCCUGAGCAAGAUGGUGCAGAGCCCGGAGCCCCCGAAGUGCCCCAGCUCCACGUGCACCAGCACAUCCAUCCCCCUCACCGAGCGUACCUUCUCAGCCUUCCCAUCUUUCAGCUCCGUGGGCGAGUGGCUGGAAACGAUAGAAAUGGGCAGGUACAAAGACAACUUCACCGCUGGGGGCUACUGCUACCUAGAAUCGGUGGCCAGGAUGACAGCCCAAGAUGUCCUCAGCCUGGGGAUCACGCUGGCAGAGCACCAGAAGACCAUCCUGAGCGGGAUCCACACUCUCCGGGCCCAGGUGAUCCAAAUGCAUGGCCGAGGUGUGCAGGUGUGA